GCUGAGUUUUGAAGCCGACGUCGCAGGACCCUUACCAAAUAUGUCCAAAGACGUUUAAGAACCCUGAGCCCUCAGCUCUCCAACACCAAGCACAAGAUACCCCUUUCGUCCUGUGACAAAGAUGGCUCGCAGCCUACUCAUCAUUGCUUCGAGUCUCCUCCUAGUGGCGUCCACGGUGCCUGCCGUGUCCGCCGACACCGUCGCUUACCAACCGGGCAAUCCUUUCGGUUACGUCCCCGACCUCGGAGGAAAUCUUACCUAUGCAAUUCUCUACACAUUGAUCUGCACAGCAACCUUCUACCACACUCUCAAUCCGAGAAAGAAGGUGGACAAGUGGGCCCUUUGCUUGCCGAUUGGCCUUCUUUUCGCAAUGGUCGGCUACUAUAUCCGGGUGGCUGAGAGGUACAACCAGACGGAACAGAGCCUCUACAUUGUAAUGUACCUUUUUGUCGUCCUCUCUCCUGCAGCCUUUCUUGCCUUCAACUACAUUCUCUUUGGCAGGCUCAUGGCUGCCCUCGAAGGCAAGAAGCCGACGGAAAUCAAGGGCAAAUCCAAGUACUCGCUCCUGCACCCUCGACUCUUCAAGGUCAUCUUUGUCACGUCGGACAUCAUCACCUUCCUCAUUCAAGCUGCUGGUGGCGGGCUCCAGACGUCCGACGGCCCCCAGCGAAAGGUGGGCGACAAAAUCUUUCUUGCGGGCGUGGCCGCUCAGGGCGCCUCGUACCUUCUUUUUGCCACCGUGACGCUUGUGGCACACCUUCGCCUCAUUCGACAAGAUCCUCAGCGAUUCUCGCCCUUGAACAUCUCCCUUUCCGGCAACCCGACUGUACUCCUGUUUGACCUCCUCUACGUCUCCAGCAUCGGCAUCAUCGUCCGGUCCGUCUACCGAAUCGUCGAGAAUGCAAUGGGCUAUGAUGGCUACUUGUACACGCACGAGGUUUUCACGUUCACCCUGGACGCCCUGCCUCUCAUCAUUGCCACUGGUGUCUGGGCCAUCUUCUGGCCGGGCACGCUCCUUCGAAGGAUUCGCGCCGAGGCCAAUGGCGAUCGUGGAUUUGAUGAGAAGAUUCCAAGCGCAAGUGCAGGUGCAGCCGAAGAGAGCCAGCCGCACUCUCUUGUGGGACAUCGUUCCGAAGCACGAGUUUCGGACAUUGGCACCAGCGCAUCAUAGCAUCUCACCUCAUAGAAUACUUCCACGCAGGACAUUAGCUCUCUCACCGCUGCUUUGAUCACGUAUUUGCAAUUCAACAUCGCGUUCAUCGCUAUUCCACGG